AUGGCCUCCUCGCGCUGGUGGCUCUACGUCCAGGCCGUAUUCUGGCGCUUCCUCAUGCGCAUCGGCAUGUUCCUGCAUACCCUCGCGCCGCCCCGUCCUCCCCGUCCAUUAUUCACUCGAACCGUGAAAUCGGAUACCCACGGCCAUUCCGUGACCAUCCAUUUCUACUGUCCACCUGACUACUACCAACAACGCCGCCUGGGUCACCGCUACCCGGUUGCCGUCAACUUCCACGGUGGAGGAUUCACGCUCGGUUGCGCCACCGACGAUGCCCGCUGGGCGGCUGCCGUCGUUGAGCAGGUCGGCGCGGUGGUUGCCAGCGUGAGUUACCGGCGGGCACCGGAGCAUCCCUUCCCUGCGGCAGUUGAUGACGGCGUCGAGGCUCUGCUGUACCUGGCAGCACAUGCCGCGGAUUUGGCCCUGGAUGUGAGUCGCGUGGCACUGAGCGGGUUCUCGGCCGGCGGCAACCUGGCCGUCACCGUACCGUUGAGGUUACGAGGACGAAUCUCGACCGAGGUCAAGGAGCACUUUAGUCGGGCGGAUUCGACACAACAGCUGGUCAACCAGACUAGUGACCUCAAUAUUGUGGCACUGUUCUGCUGGUAUCCCAUCUUGGACUUUUUGGAGUCGCGCGACCAUCGCAGGGCGAUGAGUAUCAUGCCAGAUAAGACAUUACCAAAGUUCUUCACUAGUCUCUUUGACGAGGCAUAUCUACCGGACUUGAAUGAUCGCUCUUCAGCCUUUGCAUCACCGGUGCGCGCCUCCGAUCGCAUCCUCAAUGAAGCCCUCCCUCGCGAUGUCUUUUUGUUUAUCUGUGAGUGGGACAUGCUCAUGAAGGAAGGUCAAACGUUUGUACGUCGUCUCGAAGGCCUGGGCAAGCGGGUACGAGCCAUGAUGAUUGAAAAGGCUAAGCAUGCCUGGGACAAAUCGGCCAAUCCAUUCCGCGACCAAGGCAGCGUAGACAUCUAUUACCGCGAUGCUUGCGCGGAUAUGAAGGCGAUCUUCGAUCGGUGA